GGAGCAAUCCAUGAUAAGCUAUAUUCUUCUUGUUGGGUCUGUUGGAAUACUUGUUCCAAUUGCUUUUGCCGACUAUGUCGUCUCAAUGGCUGGAUGCUAUUCAUGGAUUUCUGAUUUGAAAACUAGACUCAUAUCUGCUCUCUCUAAGCCAAAAGUUGAACUGGAAGAGUUUCGAAGUAUUGAGAAGGAUGCUAGCCUGGUCUACAGUUCUCUAGAACCCUUUUCUUUCAUGAUUUUUAGCAUGAAUCAGAUGUUUUGCAUCAUCUCAGUUUAUCUUUCUGUUCGAGGAGGUUCUUUGUACAGUAAAACUUGUUUGAUACACUUUACAGCCCUUUAUGCAGUUUUGAAUUCAGUUGUAAAUGUUAUUGACGAUCUUUACACCCUAAAUGAUGAUAUUGCUCGAAAAGCCGAGGAAGAUUCACUUCGCCAAUCUAGCCUUAGAGAAAUGUUAAGCUUCAGACAAGCAGGGACUAACCUACGAAACCUUGGAUUGAUCACUGGUAUGGGGUACUUCACUAUAGAACGAAAUACUUUGACAGCUAUGCUAUCCAUCACACUUACUUACCUUAUUGUACUCCUUCAAACAUUCUAAACCUAUUUAUGAAUUGUAAUGAAUAAAUGUUAAAACACUUCUGAAAUAAACGCCCAA